CUCUCAAGCAAGCAGGUUAGGUAGCUAGAUAGCUAGCGUACAUUUGCUAAGCUGCGGUGCUGAUUUGUAUAGCUUGAACAAGAAAUGUCGGAUUUACAGUCGGGCACUGACUGGAGUCCUGCUCAGUAUUUCGAUCAUGUGGGAAAGCGAGACGUAACGCUCUUAAUGAUUUGAUGUCCGAGCCCUUGCGCCAUCCUUGAUUGCAUCUGUUUACGCCGGAUAAGAAGUGGAGGAAAAUCAAUGAUCAGAGGUCAACCUGGUUUAAGAUCCGUGAUGAGAGAGCCAGAGUCAGCACAAGUCUGAGUAGAGACGCAAGCGUCUGCGUGCUGUUUUUCAGACACCGGUGAGCAAGAGGGAGGUAUCCAGCGCCAGAUAAACGCCGUAUUGCUCUCAAUUAUGUCUUACUACAACAGAGAACUGGUGGUGUACUUCAUCAAGUACAAGCUCUCGCAGAGAAACUACCCCUGCAAUCAUAUCGGGCUCACAGAAGAUGUGAACGGAACCGAAGGAGGCCAGGCAGAGGAAGCGAGCGCUGAGGGAGCGGCAGAAUUGGAAACGCCGACAGCUGUCGUUAACGGCGCCGUAAACGGAACGGGUUCAGCAGGGACUCCUCCGCAAUCGCCGACUUUGUCCCCUCGGAGGCAGGUGAACGGCGGCGCGAGUCUGGAGGCAGUAAAGGAGGCGCUGCGUGACUCGGCCAACGAGUUCGAGCUGCGCUAUGCUCGCGCCUUUAGCGACCUGUCGUCGCAGUUGCAUAUCACUCCGGUCACGGUGUACCAGAGCUUUGAGAGCGUGAUGGACGAGGUGUUCCGUGAUGGUGUCAACUGGGGCCGCAUCGUGGGCUUGUUCGCCUUCGGGGGUGCCCUCUGCGUCGAGUGCGUGGAAAAGGAGAUGAGUCCGCUGGUGGCGCGUAUCGCCGAGUGGAUGACCGUGUACCUGGACAACCACAUCCAGCCCUGGAUCCAAGAGCAAGGAGGAUGGGAGCGUUUUGCAGAGAUCUUCGGGAAAGACGCAGCAGCGGAGAGCAGAAGGUCACAGGAAAGCUUCAAGAAGUGGCUGCUGGCAGGGAUGACGUUGUUCACAGGGGUGGUGUUGGGCUCCUUCAUCGCUCAGAAGCGCCUGUAAAGAUUAACGAAGGCGCAGCAUCUGGCCUCCACCCAGUAUACACCUCAGUCAUACAUGAAGGAACUUUUACCCAAUUAAAAGUUUUUUUUGUUGUUGUUUUGUUUUUUGUAUUUGUUUUUGUUUUCUUUGCCAAGAAUUGUCAUGUUUACACCCUCCUCCUCUCGCGGUGCACUGUGGACUGUGUUAGUGACCCAAGCACAACUGUAAACUUGGUGUACACAGUCCCAACCUGGUGAAAGGCGACUUGCUACUUGGCCCAAAACAGUGAUGUUGCUCAAUAGCAUAAGAGACAUAGCUUAAGUGACCUCUUCUUUUUUUUUUUUUUUUUUUUCUUUUUUUUUUUUUCUUCUCUUUUUUCUUUUUUAAAGAAUUGUCAAAGACUUUCCAAAUGGAUCACUUAUUUCUGUUUGUUCUUUGUAAAUCCAUUUACUGCUUUAGUCUUUUAAAAUAUACACGAUUAUUUUAUCUUCAAAGAGUACUCCGAGAAGCAAUGAUACAGAUCUCGCUUGAGAACUGAGUUUAUAAGUGAAGCACCUGCUCCCAGGUUCUGGAUGGAGGCUCAGCUCAUGUUUUGGAUCGUUCAGAGGCUUCGAUAAAGGAUUAGCAGACACGUUCAAAACCUUGCACUACAGUUCAAGUCCUUUCUGAGUCUACUGUGCGAGUUUGUCGCAUAACGUGGCCUCUUUAACCAGGAAGGGGCAAUGUGUGGGGGGGGGGGGAUUAAUGCUUAGCAACUUUAGUCAUCUUUGCAAGUCAAUUCUGUAGCAAUUCUGUAGUUUAGUAUAAUUUAUGUCAGGAAAAAUGCUCCAGAAACGUGUGAUUGCUAUGUACGGGAUUAACGCUGAGGUUCCGAAAGCUCUGGUGAAUCUUUUCAUUUUUCUAAAUGACUCUCUGAGUUAAUAUAUGAGAGCGUGCUCUGAUAAAAGAGCAACCAAGUUAAAUUUCAAGCAUUUCUUUUUUUUUUUUUUUUAAUGUUUCAUUAUUAAACCUAAAUUGGUUAAAAUUGUAGUAACUUUCUUUACACCAUUGGGAGUAUUGUAAUGAGAGCUAGAGCUGGCCCUGUCCUCUCUGUUAUUGUUGCACCGCUGCAUCAUAAACGCAUAACAUGUAAUAGACGAAGCUUAGAUUAAAACACAUCUCGACAAGUG